AUGCCCAAGAUCUUCGAUGUUGACGCCGGCGUCGAUGUCAUUAUUUCUGUUCAAGUUCGAAAAGAAAGCAUAGUACUUACCCAGGAAAGAUAUGCUUCGCUUCUCAGGACCCUUCGAAACGGUGGCUUGAGAGCUGUUGGGCGGCGAGGAGAUUCGGAUGCGCAAAUUUUAGUGUUUGUUUCAUGUCCUGAAGCGUUCUUGCGGGUGUUGGUUCACAAAGAACGUAAAUCAGAUUUUCUUUCCGGUCUGCCAGUAAUACCCAUUCCUGACCACACUAUUUUGCCUUCUGAACGGAUUCGACUGGUCCACUCAUAUAUCACGUCUGCCAAUUCUGAUGGUGGUCUCGGCAUCCAUCCAGACAUUCCCCGCUGGGAUUUGAUCCAAACAGUCUUUUGCCUUCAUGACCGUGUAUUCAACGAGCUCUGGGUACACUCAUGGGCUUCGAACUGGCUUAGCACCGCUUCUGUCCCACAAGAACAAAUUCGAGCCCAUUUUGGCGACGCAUUUUCCUUGUAUUUCAUCUUUAUUCAGUCCUAUACGCGUGCAUUAGCUGUCCCUGCAGCCUUCGGUGUCAUUUUCUGGGGUAUCGGAGCGCCAUACUCGCCAAUAUACUCUCUUCUCACGUCUGUAUGGGGCAUUGGUUUCGUGGAGUGGUGGCGCGUGAAAGAGCGUCGUAUAGCUCUGAGGUAUGGUGUUCGUGGUUCUACGAGAGUCGAGAAAGCCAGAGUACAGAACAGAUACAAAGAUAUCUCGACAUGGACGCGGGAAAUAAGGAUACUAGCCAGUGUGCCAGUUAUUUUAAGUUUUGCGGUGCUAUUAGCUGUGUUGAUGACGGGAAUAUUCUUUCUGGAAGAGUUCUGCGAGCAUUUCUAUACAGGUCCAGGGCGGAACUACGUUACGUUUACCCCAACGAUUAUCUAUGCCAUCUUGGUUCCUCAUCUCAUCUCGUUCUUUCAAUCUUGCGCUGAGCGCUUUGCUACAUGGGAGAACCAUACCCAUCACUCUACUCACGACGCGUCCGUCACAUUGAAAACAUUCAUUUUCACCGCCCUCGUUGCUUACCUCAGUCUCACUCUAACGGCCCUUGUUUACGUGCCUUUUGGUGACGCGAUGGUUGCGGUAGCCUUAAAGUGGUUUGGCCGAAACACAUCCGGCACAUUCGACUCGAUUGUGUACGAAGGAAGGACACACUUGAUGCUGGAUCGCUCGCGGCUAGAGGAACAAAUGUUUGCAUACACUGUUACCAACCAAAUUGUCGACAGUGCAAGCGAAAUAGGAUGGCCUUACGCUAUGAAGAUCUGGCACAUUAUACUGGAGUUGAUAUGGAGAAAACAAUCUGACAAUCUGCUUUCCGAAGAAUUAUGUGAAUCCCCAACUAUGGAGUCACCCCCGGAUUCACCCAUAAGCCCGUUCAGGGAAUCAGCAAUCCCGCAAACACCUAAAAGCCCAUUUGCGACAGCGUUCGCCCACCUCAGAUCCUUUUCAACUUCCUUGUCUCUUCAACGCAGCGCGGAAGAUUCCCUGCUUACUCGAGCCCUGCAUGAAUCAACGCUUCCCUCAACGCCAUCCAACCUCUCCACUGAUUACUCUGAAAUGGUGAUUCAGUUUGGAUAUAUCGUUCUAUGGUCCACAAUCUUUCCCCUUGCACCAUUCUUCGCGCUCCUCAAUAAUGUACUGGAAAUGCGUAAAGACGCUUUUCGGAUAGCGAAUCAUGAGCGGAGACCGAUUCCCGAGAGAACGGAGAGUAUCGGGCCGUGGUUAGACGUGCUGGAAUUCCUUGGGUGGGGAAGUGCAAUUGUCAAUGUCAUAUUGGUUGGGCUAUUUUGUCCAAGUUCGCAAACCGACGAACGAGGGAAAUGUGGAUAUCUGUUUGACCUUACCGAGGACACGGGCACCCCUAUUGAAAUGAUAUCUAUCGCUCUCUCGGACGCAGUUUGGGAUUCUGCCGAUGCUGCUGCGUGGCGUGAGUUAGCGUUCACCGUCCUUCUCCUCGUCUUGGGCGCGAGUCAGGCGUGGGUGGUGGUCAGGGGUCUGAUGAGACAUAUCAUAGAAAAGGUAAUGUGGGAAGGAAGUACGGAAGUGGAAAAUUGGAGGAACGAAAUGAAAAGGGUGAAGACGGGGUUCCUGGAUGGGUUGAGUGAUGAAGGUGUACUUUCACAUGCAAACGUGAGUGGUGAAAGCAGUAACUUACAUAAAGCACAAACGGAGAAAGAAAAGAUCAAGCCCAAUAAGAGGCGUUCAGAGCGAAAGAGGAAAUCACUCCUUACAAGGGAUGAAGAGGAUUUACAACAAGCCCCGAAUUUGCAACUAGAUUCCCCAGAUAUAUUUUGGACAUAUGACGAAGGAUUAGAAGAGAUUCGGAGAUUGAGUGGCAAAGAGGAAUAA